AUGAAGCGUUCGUUCCAGCAGCUAUAUGGUGCACAGUUUUCCGCGAAAUGUACAACAUUCUGUUUUGAACAGUUCGCGUUCGAUGCCCGAGCAUCUUCGCUAGCUUCUCAUGGUGACCGAGACAUCGCUCUCGCUCUGAAAGGUCGGCAGGAUGUUUGUGUUUUCCAGGCCAAGGACGGGAAGCUGCACCUGAAGGCCCAGCUGAGAUCACCUGAGGAUCAGUCAGGAAGGAUAGAGGUGCUCAAAACAGCAUUUGACAGAGAAGGAGGCGUUAACGUUCUUCAUCGUCUGGUACCAGCGAUAGACGAAGACGGUUUUGGCGCUACACACCCGUUCGUGAGACAUGCGAUACGGUCUGGUCCUCGUGUCAGUGUGUAUAUGGCGCGUCACUCACUUCAGACACUCAAUGAGCCCAUUCGCGUAUGUGCCUUUCCAGACCAUGCGGAGUAUGAACCCCUCGCUCUUGCUGCUGCCGGAGAGAGCACCUUUGCAAUCUCUUGGCAGCACUUCCGUGAAAGCGACGAUUAUGAGGUUGUUCUGUACAACUCUCCAAAACAGUCGAGCAGCAAUACUUCUGGAGUAAUUGCGACCCAUCGGAAGGAGAACUGGACCGUCGCGUGCCUAUUGAAAUCCGAAGCUCGAUGUCAAGCUCAGAACUGUGGGCAUGUCUUGAACCUCGACCGUGGGAGACGAUUUUCGCAAUGGACAAUAGUAGCUCGGCUAUGGGGAUUCCAGAAUCCCACAAAUUCUCUUGGUUGUAAAAUUGCCGCAUCAGAUCGUGGUACUCGCCUUGCUGUCGCAAAUUGGAACGUGAUUUAUGUGUGGGCUCUUGAGCCAAAUGCGCUUAUCGAAGAAAAUGCGAAUGGAUUUUACCCUACAUCCUUUCGAUCAACAAGUUCAGGGAUGAUCGAACUACGACCGGUUGUUCUCCCGCUGGAUGCCGUGUGCUUCAAGCUCGGCUUCACGCAUCAAGAAGAUGAACUGAUAGCUAUUACCGAUAGGGGCGUGAUGUACUGGGACCUUGGCCCGUUGGGUAAAGGGCAGAGAAUUACUCAACGGCUGACUUUCUAA